AUGAGCCACCAGUCCCACCACUCUGCCUCCUCUGAAGGUUAUUGUCUCUACUCUGCUGCUGUGUAUUGCCUGUUGCCACCAAUUUGUGACACAUUUGUGUGGCUGUGCCGCUCUGUAGAGGAUGCUCGACGGCGUGCAGUUGUUGAGGUAAUUCUACCUGAGAAUGAAGCUGUCUCAGGAGGGGCUGCCUCAGCGUCGUCAGCUGCUCCAACUGAAGCAUCUCUGAUAGCUCAAGCGUUAGCUAAAUUGCCGCCAGAUCUUGCUGCCAUGGCUGAAGAUAAGAAGAGGAAGGCAAAAUCAUCAGAUCCUGGAUGGAAAUAUGGGUUUUGGCCAGACAUAGGGAAGAAAGAGUUCAUCCAAUGUAUUUUCUGCAAAAAGGUUGUCCCUGCAGGCAUUAAAAGGUUCAAGCAACACCUUGCUGGGGGCUAUUCUGAUGCAGUGAAAUGUGGUGAAGCACCUGAACUAGUUAGGCGUGAGAUGAAUGGUUACUUGGUCACAAGGUCAAGGACUCAGGUUCAGGUACCUGCGGACACUGGGGUGGAGACAGAAACAGAAGAAGAAACAGAUCAAGGUGGAGGUGGUGCUUCUGCUGCUGCUGAAAAUGAACCAAAUGCUGGGACAAAGUCAAAGCAAGUUCCAAGUUCUGGGACAAAAUCAAAGCAAGCGAAAAAGAUAGCUCAAGCAUCAAUCACGAACUUUGUGGUUUCUGCUCCACCAAAACCUCAAACACAGAAGCAUUCCAAGUCAGUGAGUUCUUUGCUUUGCAAGAGUCCAGAAGAAGUGGUUGCAGAAAGGCACAAGUCCAAGAUGUCACAGCCCACUCUUGAGUACUCCACAAAGAGCAAGGAAGCAAAGCAAAUUGUAGAUGACCAUGUGGCUGAUUUUUUUUAUGAGAAUGGAAUACCAUUGAAUGCUAUUAACUCAAGAAGCUGGGAGAUUAUGCUUGAGUCCAUUGGGCAAUAUGGUCCUGGGUAUUGCUCACCUUCAUACCAUGAGAUUAGGAAUCCACUACUUGAUAGGCCAGUGAACAAGACAGAGGAGCUGAGAAAGAAGCAUGAGGACGCUUGGAAGGAAUAUGGCUGCACAAUCAUGUCAGACGGAUGGACUGACACUAGCCACCGUCAUCUCAUCAACUUUCUUGCGAAUAGCCCAGCUGGAACAUUCUUCUUAGGUUCAGUUGACGCUUCAAGUGAGAUAGCCAAUGCUUCUAUGUUAGCAGACUUGUUAGAGAAACAAAUUGACAAGGUUGGGAAGGAGUAUGUGGUGCAAAUUGUCACAGAUAAUGGAUCAAACUACAAGGCUGCUGGAAGAAUUCUUAUGGAGAGGAUCCCAACUUUGUUUUGGACACCAUGUGCUGCCCACUGUUUGGAUUUGAUGAUGGUGGACAUUGGGAAGAUACCUGAGUUUAGCUCUUGCAUUAAUUCGGCUAAGAAGGUGUGUAGGUUUCUCUACAAGCAUGGGAGAAUUUUGGAUCUUAUGCGAGAGAAGAUUGGUGGUGAUCUUGUGAGGCCUGCUGUUACUCGCUUUGCUACUUCCUAUCUCACAUUAGCAAGCAUGCAUAAGAACAAACAGGGGCUGAGGAGUUUGUUUGUGAGUGAGGAAUGGCAUUCCAACAGCUUGUCAAAAAGUGCUGAAGGGCGGCAGGCUGAGAACACAAUCCUUUCCAUAUCAUUUUGGACAAAAGUGGAGUACUGUAUAAAAGCAACACAACCCCUUCUCAUUGCUAUGAGGAUAGCAGAUGGUGAUGAAACACCAGCAGCUCCUGAGAUAAUGGCAGCAAUGGAUGUUGCAAAGAAGACCAUCAAGGAAACUUUGCGAGACAAAUCAUCAUUACUGAAUGAUGUAAUGGAAUGCUAUGACAAGAGAUGGGAGAACCAGAUGGAGCAAAAACUAUAUGGAGCAGACCUCUUCUUGAAUCCUGGAAAGUACUUUGCCAUAAAGGAAAAGGAUAGGAGACAAGCUACAAAGCUAAGGUGCAUGUUUAAUGACAUUAUAUGGAAGAUGGUGCCUGAUGAGAGUGAAGCGAGGAAAAUAAGCAAGCAAGCUGAUGAUUAUGACAGGGCUGAGGGUGAAUGUUUCUCAAAGAGAUUAGCAAUAGUAGAGAGAAAUAGCAAAAAUCCUAUUCUAUGGUGGGAUGCUUUUGGUGGCCUUGCAUUCGAGCUACAGAGUUUAGCAAAACGAAUUGUAAGCCUCUGCUGUUCGGCGUCUAGUUGUGAGCGCAACUGGAGCGCUUUUGCUCAUGUGCAUACUAAAAAGAUGAACCGUUUGGAGCACAUUAGGUUGAAUAAGUUGGUAUUUGUUAGCUACAACCGUAAGAUGGCAUUCAGUGAUAUGCUUUGGACACAUGUUGAUGAAGCUGUUGGUGCAACCGACCAGCUUAGAGGCCGCAAUUUGCCUAGGGCUGCUGCUGCUCGUGCGAGGAAUACUGUCACCCGCACAUAUGGGAGGAAUAACAAAAGAAAGUGUCCAAGUCCAAGGUCAGAUGCACCAGCAACUGAAAGCAGUGAUCAUGAAGAAGAGGAAAACAGAGUUGCACCAGAACAGCCACAAGGUGCAAGUGCAAUAGAUGAAGAAAUGGAGGACCAGGGAGGGGAGGAAGACUCAGGCGGACCUGCAACAAAUGAUGGAAAUGAAGACUUCCAUAUUCAGAGUUUCAGAGUUCAGACACAAGUCAGCAGCAAUAUUGGUCAGCAGUCAGCACUCACCAUGACACCAUCAGGCAUCAGCAAGCAGCAGUUACAGGACAUGUACUUCCAAAUUCAUGCAAAUUGCCACUUAAACACUUUUGAUACUAUUGCUAAUUAA